AUGGAUUCUCAACAAGAGACAAUGAAUUAUCAAAAAGUAGAGGUUGAAAAACUUAAAGCUCAGAAUGAUUUAUUGUACCAAAGACUUGCAGAGCUUCAAAACGAAAACAGGUUGAUGAAGUUUAAAGCCGAUAAGAUUUACUCUAACAAAGCUAAAUCAGAAGAUUUAGACAUUGAAGGAAACAUUGGAUAUGUCCAAGUAGGCCCUAAAGCAGAUAAAAUUGAAAGGCCAAAAUAAACUAAAAGAUCUUUUCGGAGCUAAAAGGAAUAGAAGAGGAACAAACGUUGAAAAGGAGCUAAAUAAUGAAAUAGAAGAGCAAAAAGAUCAAAGUGAAAGCAAUAAGGAGUUAGAAAAUAAUCCUUCAGGAACUAAAGAUCAGGGAAUAAUGUGAAAUUUAAUAGAGAAAAUGUAUAUUAAAAUCGAUAAAUCAAAACAGAAUAUUAUGAAAGAGGAAACAUGAUCAAAAGAUGAGAACAUUAUUAAUAGAAAUGAGAAUGGUGAGAAAGAAAAUUUCAAAAACCUUGCUCCUGUUUCCCAACAAAACUCCCAAAACAUUCCCUCAACCCCUGCAAAUUCUCUUCCUCCUCCACCAGCUCCAACCAGUUCUUCAAGCCCUCCUUCUCAGCCUCCCCCUCCACCUCCUUCUCUUUCUUCUCCUUCAGGAGCUACAAAACUCCCUGCUCCACCAGGACUUUCUCAACUACCAGGAGCAGCCCCUCCUCAGACUGGAAGUACUAUUCCUCCAGCCCCACCAGGAAAAGAAGUAGCGACUAGUUCUAAUGCUGUAACACCCCCUCCUCCACCUGGAACUGGGAUACCUUCUUCAGAAUUAGGCAUUCCAAAACCUCCUCCAAGUAUUGGAGCUCCACCACCUCCUGGGGUUGGUGGCCUUCCUCAGCCCCCUGUGGUAGAUGGCCCUCCUCCUACACCUGGGGUUGGUGGACCGCCUCUUCCUCCUGGGGUUGGUGGACCGCCUCUUCCUCCUGGUGUUGGGGUUCCACCUCCUCCUGGAGUGGGUGGUCCUCCUCCACCUGGGACAAGCAUACCUCCACCUCCAGGAUCUGGUCCUCCCCCACCUCCAGGAUCUGGCCCUCCCCCACCUCCAGGAUCUGGCCCUCCCCCACCUCCUGGAGCAGGAAUUCCACCUCCCCCUGGAAGAGGGGUUCCUUUACCACCUGGUGGAAUUCCAUUACCUCCAGGAAUGGGAGGUACUCCUGGAAUAAUGAAGAAAGUAGGGCCUGAUCUAACUCCUAUAAAACCAAAUGAAGGAUUAGUCCCAAAAAGAUUAAAUUGGAAUGGACUAAAGAAAAUGCAAAUUAGAAAUACUUAUUGGGAAGACUUAUCAAAGAACAAAAAUGAAAUUGAGAUUAAUUAUCGAAGGCUUAAUAAAUAUUUCUGCAAUAAAGAAUCAGAAAUUAAAAAGAAUAAAAUCAGUAUAAAGAAAGCAAAUAAUGAAGAGAAAAAGAAGAUCGAAGUCUUACAGGCUCAGACAUCCCAAAAUGUUUCGAUAAUUUUGUCAACUUAUCAACUAAGCACAGAGGAAACUGUACAAGCUUUAAAAGAUACUAACGAAGACAUUCUAGACUUUGAACUCGUUCAAAAACUUAGAAACGUAUUCUAUAGCAUUUCAGAUUCAAUUGAAGCUGUAAAUUCAUUUGAAGGAAGUAUUGAAGACCUUAACAAAACUGAGCAAUUUAUAGUUAGUAUAAUGAGAGUCCCUUUCUUUGAGAUAAGAAUAAAUGCAAUUAACUUCAAGUAUAACUUUGAUGCAGAUAUUGCUAUAAUGUCUGACAAUAUUUCACUAUUGAAGCAGUCAUAUGAAGCGAUAUCUACUAAUGAUAAAUUUAAAAAGCUUAUCAGAAUGAUUCUUGAGAUUGGAAACUUCCUAAAUUUUAAAACACCAAAAGGAAACUGCCUUGGGUUUAAGCUCCAAUCUCUUACAAAUCUGGUGAAUAUGAAAUCAAAGAAAGUAGAUGGCAAAACUUUCUCUCUUCUAGAGUUUUUAAUUAUAAAUUUGAAAGAGAAAUCUCCAGAGAUGCUUGAAUUUACUAAAAUGUUCGUACCUUUUACAGAAGCUGUAAAAAUAGACUUUGAGGUGCUUGAAUCAAGGCUAGGAGAAAUGGGAAAAUCCAUUGAUAAUCUUGAAGAGGAUUUAAAUAAAACUAAAGAUCAUAUUCAAACCUUGACUGACAUAGAAGAUGAUAAAGCAGAUGGGGAUGAACGCCUACAAGUUAUUGGAUCAUUAGCUAAGUUCUACAACUCCUUUUCGCAGUUCCAUGUAAAUUCCAAAGAAAUCUUUGAUGAAUUAGAUCAAGAUUUUAAAACAUGUAAAGAAUGCUUAAUCAAGGAGUCUAAAUAAAUAUGGAGAGGCAGACGAUGCACCUCCAAUAGAUAUAAUCAAACAUCUCUAUCAAUUUGGGAAAGACUUUAAUGACACAAUAAAACACAUGGUUGCCAAAGAUAGAAUGAGGAAAAAGAAAUUAAAAUAAAAAUAAAAAAGUCAAGAAAAUUGAUAUAGACCUCGCAAAAACAAAAAAGUCUAAAAACUUUAAAACACCUCAAGAAAGUCCAACAAAGGUUCAAGAAAAUGAAUUUAAAGAUAAAACGAACUGGAGAAAUGUUGUAAAUAGGCAGUUUGUGACAAAGAACAAAAAUAUUUUUGCAUAAUGACUAAAGCAACAAAACAGAUUUAUUUUA